UUUCAUAUACCGUUUCACUUUUACUAGAGUGAUGAUGAUCUUGAUUUGAUAAAUAAAACAAAAAAUAAUAAAUUCUUACACAAACAAUACAAAUCGCUGUUUAAACAAAUUUAUUAUUGCAUUGCCCUCAAUAGUUUCACAUAAUAAUUUAUAUCUUUUGAAAUGCAAAGUCCCAGACUAUUUCCCACGCAAAUCCCCGAGAGGGACCUUGCAGUCGAGAUUCCAAAGGCAAUCAAAAUAAUUGAUUUAUUACCUCCGGAAAAAUAUAACAAAAAUCUUGUUCGCGAUCUUGCAGUUGGCUACAAAAGUCUUGUCUACGCUAUGGAAAAGGAUAAAAACUCUCAAGAUGUUUUUUUGUUGUUUAUUAAAUGGUGUAAGCUUUAUAUGAGACUUCAGCAACAAAUCGAUUCGAAUCACCCUAUUCGUGCUCAAUUCGAAUCCAGAGUUGCAGUGUGUACAUCUUAUAUAAUAGCUUCGUUGCAAUAUCAAAACCAUAUAACCAAUUACCAUCAAAAUAUUCUAGAAAUGUGUUUAUCCAUUUGUUCAUCAGCACAGGCUAAAACUAUGCAGAAUUUGGCUAGUUUAGAUACUGACCUAAUUGCUCUUAUUUGGAUGCCAGUUGAAUUUGUUGGCGACUAUAUUACACAGAGGCUUUGUCUUAAAUUAAUUAUUGCAGUUUUAAAGCAUUUAAGUGUCGGAGAAGGCCAAACAAAAAUUUUUCAAGCAAAACUAGAUGAGAACAGAAAGAAGUUGAUUUUGAAACUUACAACGAAUUUAGUAAAGUUCGAUCAAGUUUCAAGAGACGUGUUGAAUAAAUAUAACAUGAGUAUAACGAGCAGUUGUGCCGUUUUUUCUAUUUACUGUACUAAAGCUUUUUUUGGAACCUCUGAACUAUUUAAGCCAAAUAAAGUUUCCAAGUUUUGGAUGGAUUUCAACUGUACCUCAAAGAGUGUUUCAUUACUUUGUCAAUUAAAUCAAAGUGAAGGGAAACAAGAAGAAUUUUACAUAAAAAUAAGAAUUAACAAGCUUCAAAUUGAAAACCAAUUUGAUUGUUCUGUAUAUACCAUUGGACCGGCUUUUUUCUCAACAAAUGUUUCAGCUCAGUUACAAAGUUCCCGUGUAGCAGUGUUUACCUUACCUGAAAAUGAAUUGGAACGCUUGAAAAAGAAUCAAGAUUUAUUCGAUUAUUACAACAAUUUGUCAAUUCAGGAGUCUUCUGAUGUUUCAACUCCUAAUACAAUUAUAAAAUACUUGGCUGAGUUGAGUCAAGACUCACCAAUGACUCCAUUUUCUGAAAAUUAUAACGACACUCCAAAGAUGAAAUUAGCAGUAGCCAAAGAUUCACCAAUUACUCCAAUUUCUGAAAACUAUAACGAAACUCCAAAAAUGAAAUCGGCAGUAGUCAAACUUUACAAAUUUGAUGCUGCACGAAAAGAUCUCCAAGUUAGGGAUGCACUAAAAAAUCAAUACAAAAACUUGUCGAGUGAUAACAGUGCAACAGCUAACAGGACUACUCUCGUGUCACAUGUUGAAUAUCUUCCUAACUAUGAAGGUCCAUCAAUCCAAAAAAGUGGCCAAAAUAUAAGCACCAAUUCGACUGCAAUUGAAGAUGCAUCAAUUUUUAAAAAGCCCACUACUCCUAUUAAAUAUAAAACCAAAACAAAACCUAAGAGCAAAUUGGGGCCAUUACAAGAAUUGCACGGUACAUAUUUAUCAGACAAAUCGACAGUUCUUGAAGACCUCCAAAAUUUGUCAAAAGCACUGAUAAAUGAACACAGAAAGAAAAAUUCUGAUUUACCUCAAGUUUCUCAAAGAAACGAAAUAGAUGAAAAAGAUGUUUUUCCAGGCCAAACCUUUAAACCCAGAAACGAAGUAGAGUCUGAUAGUAAAAGCUAUUCAAAAUUAACAGCUGGACAGAUUUCGAUAAAGGUAUCUAGGAAAACAAAUUUCAUUCCAGGCUUUUCGAAUGCCAUUGAGUAUUCUGUAAAAAGACAGAGGUUAAUAGAAUUAAUUUCCUUUCAGGAAGUCUCCAAUGUUUCCGAAGUUGCUACUCAACUCCCGAAUGAAGAGACAAGUAUAAGCAACAAUACUUUAUUAGAGCUACAUUCUAUUCCACCGGAAACAUCAGAAAUUCCAACAGCUUCGACACCAAUUCAAGUGACUGUCAAUCCAAUUCAAAAAUCUCCUGAAAUAAACAACUCCACCGAAACAUCACAGUGUAUAGAAAUCUCCAACAACAAAAGUACUACGCCAAAAAAAUCUAGCACAGAGGAAACGCAACGAUUUUCUAAUGACAGUUAUGUGAACGAAUCAUCAGUUUUGAAUCAAAAUACUUCACAAAAUCAAGGCGACGAAAACCAUGUUACUUCAACAUCGCAAACAUCAAAUAAACAAUCAAAAAAGUUUUUUCAAAAUAUUACCCUUCCAAGAAUUCAAACAAAACAAAAACGAACUCCAAAAAUUGUGAAAAACAAAAAAUCUUACAACAACUUCCAUGAAUCAUUAAAUUCUAACCCUGAAGCAAAAAACAAUUUAAAUGAUGUUGAUUCUCAACUACCACAAGAUACAAGUCGUCGCAUUUUUAAAAAUAAAAAUAUGCCAACCAUAUAUUCUAAAACUGCAAUUAAAGCUAAAAAGAAAACUAGUAAAAAGAAAACUAAUACAGCGGAAAAUCAUCCAAAGAAGAGAAGCGUCAAUUUUGUUAGACCGUUAAAUUUUGCAAAUGAUCUCAGUUUAAAUAAAAUUGAGCCUGUUUCAGAGUAUGGAAAAAAUGAAAAUUCUGGAAAAAUGAAGGAUAUCGUUGAAAACAAGAAAAAAGUAGGCGUCUUAAAUCAGAGAAAAGAUUUAAUCAUUAUCAGUGACUCUGAACAGGAAUGUAAACCUAAACCUAUAAGAGGAAAACCGAACAAACGAAAAGCACAUGAAAAUGAAGUUGAAAUAUCAGAACAUGUUCCUUAUUCAAUUUGGAAAGUCAGCCAGAAAGAUAAAAAUAAUGGUGAAUCGAUAAUGUCUUCGCCACGACCAGAAAACCAUAAUGAAAAAAGAUCCAAACCUGCACCUCCUCAGGUAUCGCGAGUCAAACAUUUUGAAAUUCAAAAUGAAAGUAUAAUACGAAACCCAAAUAUUCCUCUCAACAGUCGUUGCAAUAAUUCAGUAUCAGACUCGAGUCCCAUCACCGUUUUCUGCAAAUCAAAAAACAGAAUGCAAAUUGCACAAAAUCCACGUUCUGUGAGAAAUAAAAAUGCAGAUAGUGCUGACUCGAUAGUGGUUUCUUCCCGACUAGAAGACCAAAACGAAAAACGAUUUGAAAUCGAACCUCCACAUAUUCAAAAUGAAAGCAUUCAAAGAAAUCAAAAUAAUGUUCCUUCGAGAAGCCGCCGCAGCAGUUCAGCAUCAGAAUCGAUUUACACCUCCUAUUCCUCAAAAUCGAAACAUAAAAUACAAAGUGUACAAAAUCAACUUUCUGUGGGAAAUAAAGACACGAAUAGUGGUGAUUCGAGAGUGGUUUCCUCGCGACCCGAACACCAAAACGAAGAAACACUUGAAACUGAACCUCCAGACAUUCAAAAUGAAAGCAUUUCACGAAAUCAAAAUAAUGUUCCUGCGAGAAGGCGACGCAGCAGUUCGAUAUCAGAAUCGGUUCACACAAGGUUUUUCUCAAAAUCCAAAAAUGAAAUGCAAAGUGAACCAGAUCCACUGACUGUGAACAAAGAUACGUACAAUGAUGAUUCGAGAGUACUUUCACCACCACCAGAAAAUCAAAAAGAAAAAAGAUCCGAAACCCAAUCUACUCAGAUUUAUCUAGAUCCUUUUGAUAAAGUCAAACAUUUUGGUAUUCAAAAUGAAAGCUUUGUACGAAAUAAUAAUAAUGUCCUUUCUAUCAGACGCCGCCGUAAUAGUUCAUCGUCGGACUCAAGUCAUACAUACGUUUUCUCCGAGUCUGAAGAUGAAAUUCAAUGUACACAAGAUCAACUCCUCGUAAGAAAUAAACACAAAGUUCCAAUGAACGCCGAAAUAGUUCGCCGAGACCACCCUGAUGAUAUGAUAUCGAGUCCAAUUGCAGUUCCUAUGGAAAUAAUACAAACAUUUACAAAGUCACCAUCAAGGGAUACUAUUUUAACAUCAGUUCAGAUGUCAUUAGUCUCGGAUUCUCCUGAUAUUUUGGAGUCUGAACAACAGCAAUAUGAUUCUCAUCAGCUCCUACAAAACACAACAAUAAAUAUUGGGUCCCCAAUAUAUGAAGACCUCGAUGAUGAAGACCCAAGUGUCACAAAUCAACGACCAAAUGUUUAUAACCCUCUAAUAGAAACGUGUCACAAAAAAGCCUCAGGCGAAACAAAUCAUUUUUCUGAUUUAGAAGAAGAGAAUCAAGAAGUUGUUCCAAUUAUUUCAAAUAUUCAAACUUCCCUACACACUCAUCAACUAGAAAUAUUCCCCGAAAAUAUAACCAACGAAGACCAACUUGUGCCAAGAAAAGUUCAGUUUGUUAAGAAUGUAUUACAAAAGCCAACAGACGAUCAACCAACUAGCUCUCACGGUUCUCCUAUUUCCAUCUACUCAGAAUCCGAAAUAAAUAAAAAUGAUACAUAUAGCAAUCAAGUUAUUAUUCGAAAUCACUUUGUGACUUCACUCCGAAAAAGAACUCAUUGUCCAGAUGAUGAGCAAUUAAUUCGAGCGAAAAUUCCUGCUUCAAUAAACUGCACACCUCUAAGAGAUUAUGAUCAACUAUUGCCACAAUUUGUCAAGAAACUGACAGACGAAAAAGAUCGUCUAAUAAAUAAUAUUGAAACUAAAACAGACGAAAGUGUAAACUUUACCAAGACUCUUGACGUAAUUACAAAAGCAAUAGCAUAUCAUCAGACUGCAAUAAAAGAGGAGCAAACAAAAUUAGUAUCUAUUAUCGAAAAUCUGGAUGUUCACCAAAACAUUUUACAAAAAAAUCAAUCGGAAUUGGAAAAGAUGUAUUGUCAAAUCACUGAAAGUUUACGAACCACUGAUCAAGAAGCAGAAAACAAAGUCGAUGAAAUGUAUAGAGAAGCUGAAGAUGUUUUAAAAUCAUAUGGCGAUGUUCUAAAGAAAGAACAGUGGCAUAACUUUUCCAAGAGUAUUAUAAAUUCUGUCAAUGCGAGAUUGACGGGAUACUUAGAUAUUUAGUUUUUUUUUUUUUUUAAUAAAUAAAUUUAGUUAUUUAA